UAUAAUUUUAUGUAUUUAACAACAAGCAACGUAUGCAGAAAAAGGGCGGAACGCCUGUUACGUUCACCAAUAGAAUGUUUUAUACUUUAGCCUAUUAAGAGUAUCAGAGCCGUUUACGAUGACGUAAAUGAUAAUCUAGAAUAUAACAUGAUGAACAAGUCUCGAGUAGGAUCAGAAUAUAUUCCGUUAGUGGAAGAAGACAUGUUGAAAGCGCGAUUUACCUUAAAUUUCGCUAAAGUAGCAUGGUUUACCGUUUCUUUGCCCUUUUUCGCAUUUAUAUUUUGUAUCAUUUGGUCCAUAGCAUACAAUUUUGAGCACUCUACUUCUACCCAUUGUAAGGUUUACAACUUUCUACCAUCUGUCUCUGCUGCGAUUGGACAUUAUAGACCACAAAGAGAUAUUUGGAAAAUUGCAGUAGCUGCGCAAGCAUUGAUACGAUUUUUAGUAUUAAUAAUGUAUCGCCGCUAUUAUAAGGAGCAUAUCUACAAAUGGGCACAAAAUAUUUGUAACGUCGCUACAAUUACAUAUGCGAUUGAAAACAUAUCUCUUGUAACGUUAAGUUUUUGGACAUCCGAUGAAAAUUAUGCCUUCCACAAAUUGUCUUUCAUAACGUUUUUAAUAACGUCUUUUAUUCAUAUGUUGAUUGCAUAUUUUAUCAUGAGAAAUUGUCGUAAUAUUACUAAGGAAUCUUGCGAAGCUACUUCCUUAAAGUGGAAGCGAAGAACCAUGAUAUUGAAUUUACUGUGUAUAAUAUUUGCCUGUUACUUUUUUUAUAGGCACAACAAAUAUUGUGAACCUAUAGUUUACUCUAUGUUUGCAUUAAGCGAAUAUGGUGUUGUUCUUUCAAAUAUGGGAUUCCAUUCAACCGCUGCUUGGGACUUUGCGAAUUCGCGUCUUAUGGUAUCAGGAAUGGGGUUUAGAAUAAUUUGAUGUAAUUUUGUACAAACAUUAUCGUUUUUAAUAGAAAUUAUUCUGGCCAGAAAACUCUUACGAUUGUAAUACGAAUUACGAUCUUCGAAUAAAAGAAAAGAUGUGUAUGUUAAUUGGGGUGAAAUAUAGAAAGGCGAGAAAGGAAAAAAAAAAGAGAAAAUGAAAGAAAAGAAGAAGAAGAGGCGGAAGAAGAG